GGCUGCAUGGGAAGUUGAACCAAAGUAGUGCUCCAGCUCGGAGGUGGAUUUAUCGCCUGUUCUGCACGUUUAACUAUAUUCACUACCUUCAGCUCGGACUACGUAUAUAUUAUAAAUUGAAUUAUUAAAAAUAUGUAGAUAUAAUAUGAUUAUACCAUUAAUUCAUAACCCGCAAACUCUAAAUUCUUCUCCGUCGCCACCUCUAUUUAAGAAGGCAAGAAGUUCAGCUUCUUUUGGCUUAAGAGGUUUGUUUUUAUUUCUCCAAGCCACCCUGAUACUAAUAAACACCUCUUCCUCUGUAGCUAGAUUAAAGAUCUGUCAAGUCUAUCCCUCCCUCAAGAUGAAAAUUUUUAAUUGGAUUCAAAACAAGAUUAAUGGAAUGCAAAGUACCAACAAGUCAAAUCCAGUGGCAGUCACUAAUCAUAUGUUGCAUCAAUCAUGCAAAGAAGAAUUCAGUGACUGGCCUAAUGAACUGCUUGCUAUUGGGACAUUUGGAAGUCUGAAAGAUGGCAGGAAUUUGAAUCAGUCAACUUGUCAUCCUGAUCAAAGCCUUACAGCUGAAGAAGUUGGGCAGCUUCACAAAGAACUGAAACAUCUAUUUCCUGAAGAAAGUACUCCACUUUCAGCAAAGCUGGGAUCAGAAAAGGAUCUUGAGAAAUUCUUUGACUGUCUCCAAAACGUGGUAGAUGAUGAUCACAGAGUUCUUGAAAAUAAAGAGAGCACUUUCAAGAGAUGUAAUAGUUUCGUUCGUGGCAAAGGCCAAGAAUCUGCUCAAUUGGAGAACACACACAGUGUCAUUAGCAAAAAAUCCUUGUCUUAUCUCUUAAAGAAGACAUUGUUCUGCAGCGCUGGAUUUGCAGCCCCUCCUCCACACCCGUUGAGAGAUCCGGCACUUCCACAGGCCAAAUUUGAGAAAUCAAGGAUGGAAAAGAUUCUUAGGGCCAUACUACACAAAAAGAUAUAUCCACAAGCAACCAGUCCAAGGGGUACUACCACUAGAAAGAGAUACUUGGACAAUCGAUGUGUGAUUGAGAGUGAUAUUGAAGAUGAAGCAUUUGAGAGUAUUGUGAAGGAUGGGAGCAAAUGGGACAAGUCAAAUUCUGAUUUCAUUGUACUAGAGAUAUGAUUGGCCUCUUAGCCAGUUCAUGAAAGAUGAGAAUUAUUUGUACUUCAUUUGGAUAUGCAAAAUUCAGAUUCUUCUCAAAUUUUUCUUUUUUUUUGGAAGAGUUGAAAGGAACAAACUUCCAUCUGCUGCUGCUGUUGCUUUUUCAUAAGAAGUGCAUAUUCACUUGAUUUUUGCCAUGGCUAGAUAACGAUUUCUGUUUUUGUCAUGGUUGGAAAAAAUUUAUCUGCUGAAGUUUCUGUAAGAGGGGAAAGUAUUGAAAUCUUAGCAAGACUGAAUAAGAAAUGCAAUUGCUUUUGUGAUGUAGCACUACCAUUUUUUUUUUUUAAAUUUUUUUUUGGUGUUAUUCACAAGAGGAUGAUUCUGCCCUCUUUCUAGUAAGCAGAGAUGAAAUCCUCCGUAGUUGUAGCUCCUCUUUUUCCAUAUCACUUAUGGACGAAACAAUUUUUU